UUGGACAGUCGUGAUGAUGGAGAACCAGAGAGACAACUAGAGACACGCGAGCUGACUGUUCACUAACAGCAGAGGAAGUUGUGUUCCCGUGAGGAUGGGUUGCGCGAUGUCAGGGUCUGGUCUGACCCCGAGAGCCCCGGAGACGCGCGACACAGACGCGGGGAAUGAGGGUGAAGCUCCGGCGCAUCUCAGCGAACAUCAGAUCCACAUGAUCAAAGACUCGUGGAGAGUUAUCCAGGAGGAUAUCGCCAGAGUGGGAAUCAUCAUGUUUGUCAGGUUAUUUGAGACUCAUCCGGAGUGUAAAGACGUCUUCUUCCUCUUUCGGGAUGUGGAGGAUCUGGAGAGGUUACGCACCAGCAGGGAGCUUCGUGCCCACGGCCUGCGGGUGAUGUCAUUCAUUGAGAAGAGUGUGGCGAGACUCGAUCAGUUAGAUCGAUUGCAGAUACUGGCACUGGAACUGGGCAAAAGCCAUUACCGCUACAACGCGCCACCAAAGUAUUAUGGGUAUGUCGGAGCUGAGUUCAUUUGUGCCGUGCAGCCGAUUCUGAAGGACAAAUGGACACCUGAACUGGAACAAGCAUGGAAGACUCUGUUCCAGUACCUUACCGAGAUUAUGAAGGACGGAUAUCUUGAAGAAGAGCGGACCAAACGCAACCAGACGUUGACGUCCAGUAAAGAACGUCCAGACAAGAGAAACACAGCGAUUUAACACAGCGAC